AUGGCCACCCAGUACGAAGUCGAGCACAACAUCAAGCCCGGGCCCUCCACCCAGUCCGGGACCCGCCGCAUCGACAUGUCCUCCUUCACCUCCUUCCUCGCCAACCUCACGACCGACGCCGCCCCCUCGUCGCCCCAGGAGCACCGCCACACGAACCCUCACGCGACGCCCACGCCCGUCGACGCAGCCGCACUGUACCACCUUCUCCAGCAGCAGUUCCAGACCCUCUUCUCGACGGCCCCAAACGACGACAACGCCCGCUUCCUCUCCUCCCUCGUCGAGGCCCUCGAGUCCGACAUCAACAGCCCGCCCUCCGAGAUCCCCGGCGUCAGCCAGGAGUACCUCGACUCGCUCGACCGCGUCCCCAAAAAGUCCCUCGGCAAGGACGAGGCCUGCCCCAUCUGCGCCGAAAAGUUCCUCGACGACCAGUACCCCCUCAUCGUCGAGCUGCCGUGCCACAGCAGCCACCGCUUCGACCUCGAGUGCGUCAGCCCCUGGCUGCGCAGCAAGGGCAGCUGUCCCAUGUGCCGGAAGGACCUGACCAAGAAGAAGGAGCAGAUCGUCGUGGACGACGACGAGGAGAAUGACGACCCCGACGGGCUGUACGCCUAA